AUGCAUGAUCAUGAGUUUGCAUCAUUUCUUAUGCGUAUUGGUGAUGGAGUUGAACCUACCAAACCUGAUGAUAUGGUGAAGAUACCUCCCCAAAUUGCAAUAUCAUGGGAAGGAGAACAUUCUAUACAAGUUCUUAUCGACCAUAUUUUCCCCCAAUUAGAAUUGCAUGGUUGGGAUGCAUCGUAUAUGACACAAAGAGCCAUACUUACACCUAAAAAUGAUGACGUCCAAAAAUUAAAUGAUAUACUUAUCAACCAGUUUUCAGGAGAGGAACAUAAUUUGUUGUCAUUCGACGAGGUUGAAGGGGACACCCGCCACUUAUAUCAACAGGAAUUCUUAAACUCCAUUACUCAAGGUGGUUUACCUCCGCAUAUUUUAAAAUUAAAAAAAGGUGCACCACUUAUGUUGCUGCGGAAUCUUGACCCUAGAUAUGGCCUGUGUAACGGGACACAUUUAUUAUGUCGUGGUUUGUUUAUGAACAUGUUGGAUGUCCAGAUUCUAACAGGAAGCAAUGCUGGAAAAAGAGCUUUUUUGCCAAGAAUUAAAUCAAAAACAUCAGCAAGUUCAGGUCUUCCAUUUGUGCUUAGGAGAAAACAGUUUCCUGUAAGACUAAGUUUUGCAAUAACCAUAAAUAAGUCACAAGGACAAACCAUUCCAAAUGUCGGAAUCUAUCUUCCGAGCCAUGUUUUCAGUCAUGGCCAGCUAUAUGUGGCUUUAUCUAGAGGUGUUUCACAAAAUUCAACAAAGCUACUCAUCAGAGAUGGCAAACUACAAGGUGAAGAUGGAGAGUUUACAAAAAAUGUAGUUUUUAAAAACAUUCUUUUAUCACAACACAGAUUGUUAUAG